AUGAUUUCACCAUCUGAGGAAUAUUCCAAAACCAUUGAUUCUUCCACAGUACUGGCCAUCCUUUCCGACUUUGACCUACGUGAUGUGGAUCAACUAAAUACAGCAAAAGAGAUAUUGGAGAUUGUCAAGGCUACUGUCCCAGAUGACGAAGCGAGCGGAUUUGAUGCCAGUGCUGCCAGUGGACCUCAAAUUUUGAGCGGCGGAUUGGGGGAAGCGGGAGAAAACGAGAGCCAGAGUGGGAGCGGACAAAGUGCCCCAGGAUGGACGAGCCAGACGGACGACACUUCUCUGGGUCAUGAGAUGUCCUCUUUGGACCUUGAAGGCUUAGAAUUCACCCCCAAUGGCGCAUCUACUUCAACAGAUGAAUCGACAGACACUUCAUAUACAAGUCAGCUGGACGACCUGAAUGAAGAAGCAAAGAAAACAGCUCUCAUGGGUAUUUUCCCUACCUUGAAGCCAUUCGAUGUCAAGUGGACUUUGAAGAAAUACAAGGGAAACGCCAGCUUGGCUAUCGAUGAACUCAUGAAUGAAUCCUUCCUCGAGCAUCACGGACUUCGUCACAAGGGAAUCGAUGCCUUCUCCGAGAGCGAUAUUCCAUCACGGCCGCGCAAGAACAAGGCAAGAAACAAGAAAAGAAAGGGGCGAAUGACAGAAGAUGAUGCCAAUACCCAGGUUCCGGACUUACCCGUACAAAGCAAGUGGGAGACUGGGAGACAUGAAGUCGAUUUCAUCGCCACUAGGACAGGGAUGCCGAUUCAACAAGUCAGCUCGAUGUAUCAUAAGAGCGGAGGAUCAGUCCAGGCUACACUUGUUGCUCUCAUCGAGGCUCAUAAAGACUUGAACAUGGAAGACGACGAUCCCAUGAUCCAAAUCAAUGCCUCCGAACUCCGCGAAGGCUUCCCAUCAAUCCAAACUCCUGAUCUAGAGGCCCUAGUCCAGCUCACGCAUCCCUCGAUCGCAAACGCGCGCGACUUGGCAAAAGCCCUCUCAUCUCGACCUCACGGCUCCCAAACCCCAAUCCAAAUCGAACUCCGCCACGCACCACUCAACCUCAAUCCCGACCGCAGCCCUCCCUUCUCUCCCAAACCCAAGUUCAACCCCGCCCUGGACCUCGACCCCAUCUCCGCAAACACAAUCACAAGCACCUACACCAGCGCCCGCAACGCAGCUUUCAGCCAGGCCUCCACGUACUACCGCAAAGGCAAGUCCGACCACCUCAUGGGCGGCGCAGCAGCCUACUACUCGCAAGAAGGCCGCUCCUACCACGCGCUCGUUCAAUCGGCCGAGAGCGAUGCGGCGGAUGCACUAGUCGCGAGCCAGAGCAGGAACGGGUAUUUGGAUCUGCAUGGUGUGAGCGUUAAGGACGCGGUGCGCAUUAGUCGGGAGAGGGUCACGGCGUGGUGGCAUGAGGGGGGCAAGGGGGGACAGUAUAGGAUCGUGGACGGGCGUCGGACAUCAUAG